AUGUCCAGAAUCCAUGAAUAUGAAGUGAUUGGAAGAAAGCUCCCUUCAAAGGAGGAGCCAGAGCCCCCUCUGUACAAGUUGCAGAUAUUUGCUCCAAACAAGGUUGUUGCCAAAAGCAGAUUCUGGUACUUUGUUAAAAGGCUAAAGAAGGUCAAAAGCUCUGCUGGAGAUAUUGUUUCUAUUAAGGAAGUCUUUGAAAAGAAGCCAUCAACCGUUAAAAACUAUGGCAUUUGGAUCAGAUACGACUCUCGCUCUGGAACUCAUAAUAUGUAUAAGGAAUAUAGAGAGUGCUCUCGCACCGAUGCCAUAGCAUCUUGCUACCAAGAUAUGGCAUCCCGCCAUCGCGCCCGCUUCUCUUCAAUCCACAUCAUCCGCAUUGAAGAGGUCAAGGCUGCCGAUCUUCGUCGUCCUUAUAUCAAACAGUUGAUUGACUCCAAACUCAAGUUUCCUGUUCCCCACAGCACAAAUCGUUCUUUCCGACCCAUAUUUGCUGGUUGCCGUCCAAGCACCGCUGCUUAA